CAAAAUAUCGUUUCAAAUCUUGGUUUUUUUGUCUCUCCCAAAAUGCUGCACAUAGCCAUUCUUAAAGGAAUUAAUUAUUUUGUUUUUUUACAUCAGAAAAUAACUCCUAGGUUAAAUAUAAUGAAUGAAAGGGAAGCGCCAAUUUGACGUCGAUUGGUGUCUUCGUUGGUUUUGGGAAAUGUUAGUUUGUUAAUUAGCUGAAGUACGCUAUGAUAUUAUGGACGACAGUGGAAAUAAUCCUCACAAGAAACAGGGUACCAGGGUCUUCAAGAAAAGCAGCCCGAAUGGAAAAAUUACAACAUACUUGUGCAAAAGGGAUUUCAUCGACAGUCUGGCGGAUAUAGACCCGAUUGAGGGUGUCGUAUUAGUUGACCCAGAGUAUGUCAAGGGACGGAAGGUGUUUACUCACGUCUUAUCAGCUUUUCGUUAUGGGCGUGAAGAUUUGGACGUACUUGGGUUAACGUUUCGCAAGGAUCUAUAUCUAGCCUCGGCUCAAGUUUAUCCUCCUGUUUAUGCAUCCGAAGCAGAUAACUGUGGAACGGUUCUAUUAAAUCCGACAAGUACAGCUGUUUGUGGAAAUUCCAAGCCUCCUGGACCGGAAGUUUCUGAAGGAACAGAUGAUAGUUUACAUUCUGGUUCUCUUCCAUUAACAAGACUACAAGAACGUCUGAUUAAAAAAUUAGGCAGUAACGCCUUUCCAUUUUACUUCAAGCUCCCUGCAGAUGCACCUGCUUCUGUUACACUUCAGCCAGGUCCAAACGAGAGCGGCAAACCAUGUGGUGUAGACUAUGAACUAAGAACUUAUGUGGCUGAGACAUCAGAUGAUAAAUUACAAAAACGUAAUGCUGUCCGACUUGCUAUUCGUAAACUGACUUAUGCACCAGAAGGACCAGCCCCGCAACCAUCUGCAGUGGUCCUUAAAGAAUUCAUUAUGAGUCCAGGUACACUCCGUUUGGAGGUCUCUUUAAAUAAAGAAAAAUAUUAUCAUGGUGAAUCAAUAGAUAUCAAUGUUUUGGUAGACAAUAAUUCAAACAAAACAGUGAAAAAAAUUAAAUUGUCAGUUCGUCAGUAUACUCAGUUAUGCUUACACAAUAACAAUCGUUAUAACUGUGUUGUGGAUGAAUUAGAAACUGAUGAGUCAUUUCCUAUUUUACCAAGUCAAACGGGUUGGUGUAAAGUAUAUAAACUACGUCCAUUACUUGCUAAUAACCGACAUAAACGUGGUUUAGCAUUAGAUGGUAAAUUAAAACAUGAAGAUACUAAUCUAGCUUCAUCCACAAUUAUAUGCAAUCCGAACCAUAAAGAAAAUCUUGGCAUGACUGUUCAAUAUCGUGUAAAAGUUCGAUUAGUAUUAGGAUUCGUGUCAAGUGAUGUCAGCGUGGAGCUUCCAUUCACACUAACUCAUCCAAAACCUGAUUCAGAAUUAAAUGGUACUUCAUCAAAACUAGUUAUUGAUGAUGAUAAUGAUGUUCUACAUCCUUUAUUAACUGGAACAGAUGACAGAUUAAAAAAUAGUCAGCAUAUUUUGCAACAAUCCCAGUUACAUUCAAAUGAGCAAGUUUCAUCUGAUCAUAAUGUAAAUACUACAGAUGAUUUAAUUAAAUUGGAUGAUGGAAUAAAUGACAAUAAAACAUAUUUAGUCAGUAAUGUUGGUGGCGGUAUUGAUGAUGAUGACGAUUUAAUUUUUGAAGAUUUCGCUCGUCUACGUUUAAAAUCAUAUGAAUCUGAUAAACGUAUGGAUAUAGCCGAUUCAUCUACAGCUGAUCCAACAGUGACAAUGAAUCUCGAUACACCUAACGCUGUCAUUUCUCCAUCAUCAACACCAUAACAGUAAUUUUUUUUUAAAAAAUGUAUAAUUUCUUAUUUUCUACUAAUAUUCUUUCUUGAAUACUUACAUGGUUUUUUCUUUUGCUUUCAUUAUAAUAUAUAACUAUGAGGAUUAUUUGUAUUUUUUAUGAACACUACUACUAUUACCACUGAAUACUACUGAUAUUCAGUGAUUUUAACUAAUACGUUUGUUUAUUUCAAACAAAUUUUAAUUAAAUUAUUUUAAUUUAUUAAAGUCAGUCAUUUCUUAAUUAUUGUUCAGGUUGAUGGAUUGUGAUUUUUUGGGUCAGCUUAACUUUAAAACUGGAAAGAUAAAUAUAGAUUAUUCUGACUGUUUAAUAUUUGUCCUCUUGUCCUUUUCUCUCCCUUUCUCUCUCUCUCUCUCCAUGUUCCGUUGGUUUUUCUUCGUUUUAUAUGUAUCUUUCCCCGAAAAUAGUAUAAUCAAUUUGUUUCCUUGUAAAAGCUAUGCAAGUGUUACACAUUCGAAGUAAUCAUUUUCAUUUUAUUCAACCUUUUCUUGUUCCAUUCACAAGUAUAAACUAUUACACAACAUUUAUCUCUUCGUAAAUUAAAUGAAAGCUGAUGAAAACUGGCAAAGUAGAAUGAAGAAAUCUUUUAAUGUAAUUUAUCAGUAUCAUUAUUAUUAUUAUUUAAGUUAAUGAUUUAUCCAGUGAUUUAUUUUAAAAGAAUAAAAGUCUUGUAUAUUUGUAACUUUUAAUUGAGUUUUACAUUAAAAUACUACUUGAAUUGGUUGUAGCAACAUAGUAAGUAGUAAGUGUUCGGUUAGCAAUUAUCGUCUAUCUAGUAAAGUAUAUCAGUAUUCAUGUUUUAGUGUUUAUUUAUACAUUAUAUACAUAUAUUAAUGUCUUUGGCUUUAUUUUUGCUUAACUAAUUUUAGGCUUAUAUCAUGAAGAUUUAUUCUUUUCAAACACUGAUGAUUAUACUACUGAUAUAUAUAUAUACUACUAAUACUACUGAUAUCAUUUUUUAUUUAAAAUGAUCUCUCUUGUGUUUCAAUCUAUAUUUUUUUAUUAUAAUUUAUAAAUAAAUUAUUGUUUACCUAAUGUAUCUUUAAUGUUUUUAUAAUGCAAGUAAGUGAGAAAUUUACUUUAUAUAUAUCAUGAAGUGGUUGUUUAAUCUUCUACUCAUUGUUGUUUUAUUCUUCACUGUAACUUUUCGUUUGUAUGUAUUUGUUGUUAACACAUCAUGAUCAUCAUAAAUGUUGUUAUGAUUGUCUUCAGUUUCCUUCUAUAUACACACACAUACACACCUAUUGUUUGCUGAUUGUCAUACCCCGUGGCUAUUAUUUUCUUUUCUCAUUUACAUAUUCUUCUUUCUUUAUGUUGUUUUAUAACAGUUUUUAUUCAUUAUUAUUAUUAUUAAGUUUAAAAUCUAUCGGUUGAAAAACCUUUGCGAAGAACAAACCGAAUAGAGAAGAGAAUAAAUGAAAGGAAAUUAAGUGAAUUCAUCGGAAAUCUAAUGAAGUUUUCUUCAAUUUGUAUAGUA